CCCUCCUGCCUCCACUCUUCUCCGGACAACAGACAGGGACGCUCGGCUACUCGCGGCAGCGGCUUCGAAAACGACUCAGACCGGGAUUUUAAAUCGGAUAUUACCGUGAAAUUCGCCGCCCGGCAACUAUGCUGACCAGUUUGUGCAAGGUGGAAGCGCUGACAGGUCCUGUGUGACUGCAGCCAGGUGGCCUGUAUCUUCCUCCCCCGGCCUUUGAAGUGAGGCCAGGAGUGUGAACCGACUUCUUCCGUCCCUCCAGUCGCCACUAAAGCCUUUCCUGACACGCACACGCUUGAGUAUUGAUUGCCAAGGACCCAGGGAGCAAGUGAAACUCUGCAAAACAGCAAGAAAGUGGGAUUGUAAAGGACCCGAGAGAGAGAUCGUUCAUUCUUAAAACUACUGUAGGUUCAUAUUUAUCAUGGGGAACCAGUUAACAGAGAUCGCCCCCAACACGCCGUUCCUCCCCAGCUUCCAGUCGCUGCACGUCGUCGUGAUCGGCCUGGACUCUGCAGGGAAAACGUCCCUGCUCUAUAGACUCAAGCUGUGGGAGUUUGUCGAGACCAUCCCCACGAAAGGGUUCAACAUGGAGCGGAUUAAAGUGCCGAUGGGGAACUCCAAAGCCAACACCACCACGUUCCAGGUGUGGGACGUCGGCGGCCAGGAGAAGCUGAGGCCGCUCUGGAAGUCGUACACCCGGAGGACGGACGGGCUGGUGUUCGUGGUGGACGCGGCCGAGACGGAGCGCAUGGAGGAGGCCAAGGUGGAGCUCCACCGGAUCACCCGGUCGGCGGAGAACCAAGGGGUGCCCGUGCUGGUCCUGGCCAACAAACAGGACCUGGACGGAGCCAUGUCGGCUUCAGAGGUGGAGAAGGUGCUGGCUCUUCACGAGAUGAGCUCGUCCACGCUGCAUCACACGCAAGGCUGCUCGGCGCUGAACGGCCAGGGUCUGCAGGCAGGCCUCGAGAAACUCUACGAGAUGAUCCUGAAGAGGAAGAAGAUGCUCAGACACAGCAAGAAGAAGAGAUGAAGAAACUUCACGUUUGUUUCCCCCCCCCUCCCUGUCUGAGGAACUUCUCAGUAGUCAGAUCUGUGACACUUUUGGAAGCUGAAUGGAGCCCGUGGGUCCUCGAGCCCUUUCAAGUUGGAACAUUUCCGGUCGAGUUCAGACUCUGUUCUGUCCGACGUCGACGCCCUCUCCCAUCCUCGAGACGUUUUGACGGUCCCGCUUCCUUUGGGAUUGUUUCUUGCCCUCCUAAACUCUGAUCCUUAGAAGGAGCACGGCGAAGGGAACGACGGCAGUGCAAUACAUGAUGGACACUCACUCAUGCACUCACUCCAAUAUUGAAGGAUAUUUUGUAUUACUACUCACAGGAACUUGUAGUGCCAACAAAGACCCGCAGGCCCGGCCCGAGCCUACUUCCUGUUCUUUCCGCAAAGUUUUAAUGUUACACUUUACUCCGAAUCUUAAUGUUGCAUGAUGUUCACCCUGCCUGGGAAUGUUAAGCAACACUUGUAUUGACCAAAAGAAGACUUCUCAAAGUAUUCUAGCUAGGAACCACCCAGUGUUUAGUUUAGCCACUAGGACUAUAGCGAGACGUGCCACCGACUUGACACUUAAGAACUGAAACACUGAAGCUGCUCAGGCCAGCCAAACAAGUUUAAGUAGGUUUUUUUUUUUUUGGUUGUGUUUUUUUUUUUUUUUCACUUUAGACUUUUUCACAAGUGGUUUGCUCGACACAGUUCGGUGUAUUUCAGGGGUGGCUAAGUGGUUGGUGAAGUUCGAACGAGAAAGAAAUUGCUUUUACAUUGUGUACAUACUGUUUUGUAAAAUGUCAACUUAAUAAAUUAUUGAGCAACUUUGGCAUUA